AAAGCAGGCAUAUUCAACCAGAAAUGGCGACGCUAUCUUCCUCCUCCGCUUCCCACCUACGCUGCCGUUUCAUCCUCCGGCCUAUUCUUCCCUAUUUCCAUUUUUCAUUAAAAAUCGAAACCAAACAGUCCCUUAUUCUUCCCCUCCAAACGUCGUCGUCUUUUCCCACCCGAAAUCCCGCCGCCUGUCCUCCCAUCUCCACGCGCCGCCUCUCCUUCUCUUCAACUCCUCUGUUGCACGAGCUCGCCAACGACGGCAUUGUUUUCCAAAACGAACAAGACGAAUUUGAUGAGGAUGGAAAAAAUGUAUCGAAGAAAGAUACUGUGAAUAUUUCUGUUAAAGACGGCUUAACGAGGGUGUUGGAUUUGAGUGCUCAGCGUAUAAAGUCAUCUAGUUCGAAGUUACCAAUUCUUGCUGUCAAAGAGAAGAAAGAAUUGGCAUCGUAUGCUCACAGUUUGGGGAAAAAGCUUAAAUCUCAACAGGUGGGAAAGUCUGGAGUGACCGACACUGUCGUUACCGCAUUGAUUGAAACCCUUGAAGCUAACGAGCUUCUGAAGCUUAAAAUACAUUCUAACUGUCCCAUGGAGUUGGAUGACGCUGUGAAGCAAUUAGAGGAAGCCACUGGUUCUGUCGUUGUUAGUCAGAUCGGUAGAACUGUAAUUCUUUAUAGGCCGAGCCUGACCAAGUUAAAGGAAGAAGAAGAAAAGAGGAGACGGGCUCAGAAGGUUUUUGCAAGAAAGCAACAAGCAUUGAAUCAAUCAUCUCAGAGUAGACGACCAAUGGCAGUGGGAGCUCAAGAACGAAGACAAUAUGGUCGUGGUCGGCGUGGAAGUAGCAGAUAUUGAGGUUUUUUAAUAUCGCUCAAUAACCUUUCUAUUUGUUAUUCUAUGAAUGACCCUUUACCAUAGACAAUGGGGGCUGAGAGGUUUUGACAAUCGGGGUUUUGUAGGACAGAUAGAUAUUCAUAAUGGUGCAAGAAUUGAAUCGUAAUUGCAUAUAUUCAUGGGCAAUAAGGUGUGUUCCUCAGCGUGAUUUGUAUAGUUUAUAUUGCCUAGUACAA